AUGCGCCAAUUGGUUCGGACCUUGAGCUUUGACAAUCCCGAUGGAGGCGUCUGGAAACAGGGAUGGAACGUCACGGCACGGGACGACUUUACCAACGCUCAGCCGCUACAGGUAUUCGUCGUCCCGCACUCCCACUGUGAUCCGGGAUGGAUCAAGACCUUUGACGAUUACUUCCAAUCGCAGACUCGCCAAAUCCUUACCACCGUCGUCCAGGCUCUCCAACGAGACCAACGCCGCAAAUUCAUCUGGGCCGAAAUUUCCUACUUUGAAUGGUGGUACCGCGAACAAAAGGACGACACUCGAAAAGUGGUCCAAACGCUCCUUGAUAAUAAGCAGCUGCAAUUCGUCACGGGCGGAUGGGUACAACCGGACGAGGCCAAUUCGGAAUUAUACGCUAUGGAAAUUCAACUGCAGGAAGGGCAUGAUUGGAUUCGACAAACGUUCGGGGACGCCCAUGUCCCCAAACACGGAUGGUCCAUUGAUCCCUUUGGCUAUUCCCCCACUAUGGCCUACCUUUUG